AUGGAAAGUCUUCUUCAAGAACGCACGGAUCCUGCUGAUCUCAUGGUAAGCUUGAGGGUGAAAGAAAGGGAAAACAUGAAAAGAAUGAAGUGAUAUUGUGCAAAUUUUGUAUACAUAAAGAAAAAGAAACAAUACAAAAGUAACCUAAGACAUUUCCAGGACGCCCGUGAACAGUACUUGCGUCAAUGCGCUCGCGGAGAGCCAAGCACCGCGUCACUCUUCAGAUUCGCUCACGCAAUGAUUGGAUCGAAGAACAAGCUAGACGUGAAGGAGGGCAUCGCGUGCUUCGAGAGUGAGUAUCCCUCCUCAUCCAUCAGCCCACCUAUGCAGCUAGACAAAACAUCGAACGGAAAAAAAACGGCGCAGAAACUAGACCUCACCCAUUUGUGGCGGUGGCGGUGUAAAGGACAAGACAGGCGGUGAAGAGGAAUGCUAAUUUUCUCAUUCGCGUGAAACUGGUGUGUUGACUGUCCACAACGCGCCAAUCUUCUACCUGUUUCAUGAUCAUGCAAGAGUGAAAAGUGCAGAAAGAAAAGGCGCCAUGAAAAAAGUCUCCUGUGGUGAUAUGUUUGACCCAUUUUACCCCCCUGUCACACAGAUUGAUGAGUUUGUCGGUGAUCAGGAACAGUUAAAAAAGCGUUGGGCUAAAGCGGAUGUUAACUAAGGAACAGAAAACAGAGACAGGAUGAUAAUGGGUGGGAGAUGAAAAUGAAACAUAUACAUUGGGAUAUAAUCCAGUUUUUGUCAUCUAAUCAUCCUUAUCACAAUGUUUUCGUUUGGCAAGAAAACCAGCUGACCAGCCAGAUAGGCUUGACUCAUAAGUGUCAUAGACCUGUAGGAUUGCUUAACAACCAAAGCAUACUUAAAACAUUUAUCUUUGUUUUCAGAGCUUCUCCGUGACGAAGAUGACCUGACCAGCAAGCGCGACUACGUCUACUACUUGGCAAUGGCCCACGCGCGUCUCAAACAAUAUGACGUGGCCCUGGGAUUCAUUGACGUCCUCUUGGAGGCCGAGGAGGACAAUCAGCAAGCGAAGAGACUGAAGAACGAUAUCAAAGCGGCAAUGACUCAUGGUAAAAGUCUUCUUGUUCUUCUCUCCGUUCUAAAUGAUUUCUGUUCCAGACGGCUUGAUUGGAGCGGCAAUUGUCGGCGGCGGAGCUCUUGCACUGGCCGGACUCGUCGCCAUCUUCUCGAUGAGCCGCAAAUGA